AUGUUUACAAAGGAUACUGAACUAGGCAAUAACUUAAACUGUUCAAUGGCACUAAUAGGGCCAAUAACAGAUUUGAAAUGGCAAUUAGAUGGCAGGAAAACUCAAAAGGACGACAACAUUGCAAUACACGUCACUCCACCCGAUGGCGAAGAAGACGACGAGUUUGUUCCACCUUUGAGACCUCGCCGUAAGCUCAGUACACCGCUGACAGUUCUACCUGGAGCUGAUCGUCUUAAAGUUUCAGAUGGUUUACGUUUAUCCCCUACCCGCUCGUUAUCGCCCAUAGACCGUACCAAGCGGCGUUUUAGUACAAUGGUAUCUAGUACAGCGGCUGCUGCAGUCUCCAGGCGUCUUUCGGCAACCAUAGGCUGGUGCCUAGCAAUACCCACACAAGUUAAACCUCAAAUCGUGAGGCAAGGUCGCGCCCUAUGUUUACAAUAUAUUAAAACACAAAUACGUCGAUCUUCCUCUUGUCUCAAAAAGCAAAUUGUCAUGAAGCGUCUACAGCAAAUGCUUGAAACGGAAUGCGGAGAGGAAGCCAUGAAUAACGUGGAGUCUGGCGUUUUAGCUGCUUUGAGAGCUUUGUGUUCUGCUUUGGAGAGAAAGCGGCCUGACGCCUUCCGCCAUGUUGCAAGACAAGCGACGCGAGCGCCUUCUGCAAUGCUCCGUUCAGACACUGCCCUUGCAGAACUAGCGUUAGCAUUAGCAAGGCGUAUAACAAGGGAAAACAUCACUUGGUCAAAAAUUGCUGCUGUUUAUUGUAUCUGUGGCGCAUUAGCAAGAGAAGCUGCUGAAGCAGCUGACGGAGAACCACCUUUGGAACUUGUAGCAGCCCCUGCAGCUGCCAUCGCUGAUCUACUGCAUGAGGAACCGGGAAACUGGGUUGCUAAUCAUGGCGGUUGGAAUGGCCUAAUAGAACGAUUAAGGAUAAGUGAACGCGACCAAAGAUCGGAAAAAAAUUUGCGUGUCAUGAUCUCAAUUUUUGUACUUGCCUGUGGGACGCUAUUUCUCUUACGCUUUCUGUCUAUUGUAACUCAGUAA